AUGGCUUCUGAGAAGGCCGCAUCGCGCUCUCCCAGCGCGAGCCCAGCGCCAGAGACGAUGAAGGCACGAAUGGAAGCCCGUUUGGCUGCCAUUGACACGAGUUCAGAGGACGACGAACCCAAGCAGGCCCGAAAGAAGAGCCGGUCACCACCACGAGACACUCAAGCAAGUGACUCGGAAGAAGAAGUCGUCUUCCGCCCCAGAGGACGGCUCGCUGCCCAGCUAAAGGGCGGCGCCGAGCCUUCAGACGCAGAGGACGAGCCCGAGAGCUUUAUGGACCGGAUCCAAAGACGGCUUGGCUCCAACAACGACGAUGACGAAGAGGACGAGGACGCGACCAUGGGGGAAGCGGAAGAGGAAGACGACAUCCCGGUAGCACCGCGGCGGCUGCAAAGGAAGCAGGAUAGACAGACCACGCCGCCACCACCACAGAGCCCAGCCGCACGGUCGAGUCCUGGGCUGUUCGUUUCUCCGGACCGGCAGUCACCUGUGAAACCUACUACCACGACAACAGCAGACGACGCCUCCGACUCUGACUCCCUCCCCGCAAUCACAAAGAACGCCAGAUUCCAGGCACUCGUCGAGCGCAAGAAACAAGAGAGACUCGCACGCGAAGCUGAGGAGGAGAGAAAGCGCGCCGAGCGAAUGGAACGCGAGCCCAUCAGCAACGUCGACCUCUUUGACGACGACGAGGACGUCGGCAACGUCUCUGACAUCACCGAUGACGAGGGUGGCCGGAAGCUCAGCCAGGCCGUUAGGCCUACAAGGAAGGCCGGGAAGAAGGCCGUCGAGGAGAUGGCUCGCGAGACCCAGCGCAUGGCUCGUAACAUGCAGCUUGCCCACGAGGCCAAGACGAGGAAGAAAUUCACAAAGGCGGAUUUCCUCCAGCGCUUCAACUUCGGUGCUCAACCCAAGUCUGAUCCCAAGUUGUCGAGCUCCAGCCGCCCUACCACACCCGUCUCAGCGCACCAGACCGACGCUGAGAUGAAGGACCCCGAGACGCCGCCCAGCUCCCCGCCUGUCGCCAAGGCUGCCUCCCCUGCCAAGGUUCAAGAGCCCACGACUGUCGCGCAGCCCGCCAUUGACCCAGAUGACGAUGGUGACAUGCUUUGCCUCGACGACGUGUUCGAGGCAUCGAGAAGACUUGACAAGGGCAAGGGCAAGGCCGUUGCACCUCCUGAAGAGACUGGCGUCAAGGAUGUGAAAACCAGACGUCAAGUCCGCAUCAAGCUUCCCUCAGUCUCAGUAAACCAUGCAGUCAUUGACCUUGACGACGACGACGAGUUGGCCAUCGCCAAGAACGGCAAAUUUGACGCCAUCUUCAACAGAGCCCCGGGAAACAAGGCAGACGCAUCUCGAUCUCUACUUAAUCUACGCCGCCUUGCUCAGGUGGGAUCGCCGACCAAGGAGAGGAAGAGGAAAUACGAAAAGGCAACAAUCACCACGGCUCAAUUGCAGAUGACGCUACAGCAGCGCGCCCGUCAACAAGCCAAGAUCGAGCGCGAAAAGCGUCUCGAGUACCUCAAGUCGAAGGGUAUCGUCGUGCAGACCGCCGAGGAGCGUGAACGCGAGAUGCAAGAGGUUGAGGAUAUUGUCUCUCGCGCUAGGAGGGAAGCCGAAGAGAUUAUGGAGCGCGAGAGAGCAGCUGCCAAGCAGGAGAAGAAGGAGAAGAGGAAGAAUGGCGAGCUCGACGUCUGGGACGACAGUGAAGAUGAGUCGUACGACGGUUCCGAGGAGGAGGCGGAGGGAGGCGUUGAGGUCGAGCUUGAGCUGUCUGGCUCUGAAGACGAGAAUGUCGAUGAAGAUGAAGAUGAAGAUGAUGGCUCCGAGGUGGAAAUGGAAGGUGUUGCGUUGUUCGACAAUGAAGCUGAUGACAGCGGCUCAGAACACCCUGAGGCCGAGGUUGAGGCCCAAGAAGUCGAGAAUGAUCCCGAGUCCGAGGACGACAUGGGUCUUCCCACGCGCAACAUCCGUCGAUCAAAGAAGAGCCAAGUCAUCUCGGAUGAUGAAGACGAGGACAGAAUCGAAGCGACGCCAAGACCCAGGACUGCAACCCAACAAUCCCCUGCUGCACCCAACACCAAAUCACCCGCCGUUCCCACCUCGGUAUUGCGCUCUGCCAAGAAGACAUUCAUUCCCGGACUGCCCGUUACGGGUGCCGCUGGUCUGGGUCUGACCCAGAUCUUCGCUGGUACAAUGGACGACAGCCAGGCAGCUCCUGGUACGAUCCCCUCUCAGUCACCUAUGCCGGAUUUCGACAGCCUUCCCGACUCCAACUUGAUGGGUCUUACUCAACAACACGACAGCAUGAUUCUUGACAGCCAGGGCGGUGAUACCCAGAGAGCCGACACGCAGCCUGAUUCCGCAGAGGGCGUGCGCCUGCAUUUCACCCAAUCCCAAGCGCGUGGAUUUGACAGCCUCUUGCGCGACGACGACCCGUUCACCCAAACUUCUAUGGAUGCCACUCAGGAUGCCGGGCCGCAGGACUACACGCCGUUGAAGCAGCGCUUCGUCGAGCCGCCCCCAUCGACCGUGGAUACCAUGGUCCUGGACAGGGACGCCGAGGUCGAUUCAGUGCAAGAUUCGCCCCUCGUCCGCAGGGGUAAACUGCGCCGCAAGAUUGACGUCGUAGCCGCUGUCGCGGAUGACGAAGAUGUCGAGGACUCCAGGGCCAGACCCGAGGUAGACGAAUUCGGUUUCAAAACGACGGCCUUCAACGUCAUGAAGGAGGCUGUCAAGAAGCAGAAGCAGCUCAAGAAGGCGGAGGAGUACAACCGCAAGAAGAGCAAGGCCAAGGAGAUGGUGGAGGAGCAGGCCGACGAGUCCGAGGAUGAGUAUGCAGGACUUGGAGGUGCGGAUGGCGAGGACAGCGAUGACGACAGUGAUGCUGCCUCCGUCAAGGAGAUGAUUGACGACGAGAACGGCAUGACUGCUGAUGAUGAGCGCAAACUUGCUGCCCUUCACGCGGACAACGAGCGUCAGAGCGAUGAGAAGAUGGUCGACAAGCUCUUCCACGACAUCACAACCGGUAUGCUCCGCCGCAAGCGCGGCGCCGACUAUGACCUUUCUGACUCAGACGACGGCGGCGAGGCUCGUCGGCGUUUGAAGCGUCGUCAGUUCCAGAAAAUGCAGCAGGCCCUCUUCGCGGAUGAGCGCAUCAAGAAAAUUGCCGAGAAACCCGGCAACCAGGCCUUCCUCCGCACCAUUGAGGACCGCGGCAGUGAUGAGGAGAUGGACUUCCUCGACUUCGCGCCCGAGCCAACGGAGACGGAGGACUCGCAGUCUCAAGAGCAACAGCAGCAGCAGACCACUGUCCCAGACAGUCAGCCCGGAGCGCAACGUGCACCUCUCGCCUCCAACGCUGCCAACGUACCGUCCACCACCAACGCGCGGAGGACAAAGGACGGCAAGAGGCCCUCCAACCUGGGCGAGAUUCGCGAGUCCGUCUCGAGUCUGCUCGAGGACCUGAACGAAGUGAUUCCUGCCACGGACCCGCACUCGGACAGCGAGGCGGACGACGAGGAGGCGCAACCUUCUAACAAGGAGAACCGCUCCCCGGGCAAGAACCCGCGCCGCACCAACUCGCGCCAGGUGGUCGUUGACCGCCUCACCAUGAAACGGCAGUCAUCCUCCAACAUGUCGACAACGUCCUCUAAGCUCGCCUUUGCUAUGCCAAACGCCGCCGCCUCGGCUUCUAGCGGCGGCAGCAGCAGCUUCAGGGUCCCUGCACUGCUCCGGCGCGCGACGACGAACUCGUCCGUGCUGAGUUCACAGGGUUCCGGUGGCGGCAGUAUCGGUGGUGGUAUUGGCGGCAGCGGAGCCAGCAAUGGGGGAGCUGCGGCUUUCUCUGCUCGUGGCGGCGGUGGCGGUGGUUUCGGCGACGAUGGCAAAAUCAAGAAGAACGCGAGCAAGAAGUCGGGUGUUAGUGCUUUGGCGAGAGAGAAUGAGCGCCGAGCGGCGAUCCAGGAGAAUGAGAAGAGGAGGGAGGCGAGGAAGUGGAAGGGUGCUGAGAGAAGACACCAGGCUGUUAAUGGCCUCUUUGGGUCGGGCAAAUUUGAGUGA